UUUAUUGGGCAUCGUCAGUGUUAGCAGUUAUCUUGUUACCAGAGAGUUGUGUCCAUGUUCAGCUAGUGCCUAGCUUCAUGGCUAUUAGGGCUAGCUUUUGGAUUGCAUAAGUACAAUGGUGGUGCGAGGCCACAAGAAGCCGUUACUAAUGAAACGUCAUGUAAGAGGAAGCUGCUGUACAUGGCAAGAAGUACCGGUAACAAGAUCAAGGGGUUGUCAAUUCCAUCUGCAUCCUGUCAAUUACUGGCAGAGUGGCUUCUUGUGAUGGCACUAUUCAUAUAUGGAAUGGGCAAACUAGAAAGCUCAUUGCAGCUCAUGCUGAGUCAUCUACUACCUUCCCACUCCAAACUGCAUCUAUUGAGCAGGCAAACAUGCUCAAUCAGGAUGCACUCUCCGGUGGAAUAUUGUCAAAUGCAUUUUGUGGUAGUUUGUAUACAUCUAUGCAUUAUAUGGAAUCUGAUGGUAUACUUGUUGCGGGUAUGGGAAACGGUUCAAUCAGAUUUAUUGACAUAUCUCGGGAUCAGAAGCUACAUUUAUGGAAGACUGAUUCUGCUGAAAUAUCUUUCUCAUCCCUUGUGUCCGCUAUUUGCUCAUGUGGCUCAGACAGGAUUACCAAAGGAACCCCAAUGGCUUCAUCCUGGCUAGCAGCAGGUCUAAGUUCUGGUUACUGCCGGUUGCUUGAUAAGCGUAGUGGGAACAUCAUUGCAGUUUGGCGAGCACAUGAUGGACACAUCACAAAGCUGGCAGCACCAGAUGACCACUUAAUUGUAUCAAGUUCUCUGGACAAGACUCUUCGAGUUUGGGACAUCAGAGGGAAUCUGGCAAUGCAGUCAAACAUUUUCAGAAGUCAUUCAGAUGGCAUCCCCUACUUUUCUGUCUGGGGUCAAGAUGUGAUAUCAGUUUCGAGGAACAAAAUCGCACUCACUUCUCUUUCAAGGCCAUCAAGUGAUAUUGGACAUCAGCAACUUGCACUUCAGAAUUUGUAUUCUGCUGACAGAGGAAUGAAACACAAAAACCUUUCUGUUCUUUCAACUAUUGCUGUGCUUCCAUUGUCAACAUUGUUUAUGGUUGGAACUGAAGAUGGAUUCCUCAAAAUCUGCCACUAGGUACUUCUAGUAUUAGUAAUUGUCUCUCCAUUGCGCUGAGUUGAACAAAAAAACUUAAGUAGUUUCUACCACCCUCACUUCAGAAUUGAAUUUUGUAGCAAAAAUGCCUGUGCAUAGUAUGUUCUCAUUUUGCCAGGAGCAACAGUAGAGUAUACAUAUUCAUAUUGUACAGGAAAUGCAAUGUGUGAACUUUAUCUGAGUGAAAGCUUCAUUUGUUUUAUCUUCUCUA